UCAUAUAAGACGGUCGAUUAAACUCGUGCGCGUUAUAAAUAUCGAUAAGGUUUUCGUAAAGUUUGCCGCGUAUUUAAAAUGAACGCGGGGAAGGGUGAGAGUGAAUUAGCCUAUGAUUUUAACGGACAGUUUAACAAUUUUGGAAAAUAUCAAAUAGUGCAGUACCUAUUAAUAUGUCUGCCGCUCUUCAUGGUAUCUAUGACACACGUUAAUUACAUAUUCGUCGCAGAAGAUGUCAAUCAUAGGUGCAGAGUCCCAGAAUGCGACGGCAUCAAGCCAUCCGUGGAAACCCCGAGCUGGUGGCCUGAAGACGUCGACCCAAAGUGUUAUCGACCCGUCGUCAACAUCAAUCACCAUUACAAAUCUAACGAAACGUGUUCAAACAACUCGUUUCUCGAAGUAUUGGAGGAAUGCCACGAGUGGAUUUUUGAGAAUAAUAAUUCGAUUGUUGCUGAGUUGAAUUUGGGAUGCGAAACAUGGAAGUCUACACUAGUGGGAUGUAUACACAAUGCUGGAAUGAUUGUGUCCAUGAUGGCAACUGGCUGGAUUGCGGAUAAAAUUGGACGUAAGCCUACUAUCAUAUUGUGCUCGGUUGGAGGUGCUAUCGGUGUAGUCAAAAUAUUUUUAACAAACUAUUACGCUUACCUUACUGUGGAGUUUUUGGAAUCAGUACUAGCUUCAGGACUGUAUACAGUAGCAGUGGUUCUAUUAAUCGAGGUUGGUGGUGAAAGCAAAAGAGUUUCAGCUGGAGUUAUUUUUUCAUACGCAGUCUAUAUUGGAGAAGUUUGUUUCGCAUUUAUAGCUCUUGGGUUUAAGUAUUGGAAACUAAUAAUUAUAGUUGUAUAUGCACCAAUGGUGCUUUUUAUUGCGUAUAUUAUAAUACUAAGGGAAAGUACAAGAUGGCAAAUGUUACGAGACAGAAUGGAUGAAGCAAAAGACACCCUUAAAUUAAUUACCAGGAUGAAUAAGUUAGAAGUAACUGAACAGCAAAUAGAGGAAAUAAAGAAUGAAGAUUUACGAUUUCAGUUUAAUAUAAUUGUUCAGAAAGAGAAAGAAACAAUGAAAGAUAUUUUAGCGUCGAAAGAGAUAAUGACACGAUUGUCAGUUGCUUGUUGUUGUUUCUUUGCAUCAAGUUUCAUUUAUUAUGGAAUGGCAGUUCAUUCGGUGUUGCUACCCGGAAAUAAGUAUACGAACUUCGUUUUAGCGUCGCUUUCUUCAUUCCCUGGCGAUCUAAUUGCAUUAUAUACGUUUAAGAAAUAUGGAAGAAAAAUAUCACUGCAAUGUGGUUACAUGAUGUCUGCGGUUUUCUUAUUGGCGCAGGCAGUCUGUCCUGAUUCAAUCGUAUGGCUCAAUUUGGUACUAUUCCUUGUUGGAAAAUUGGCGGUUGUUGUAUGUUUUACUGGAAUCUACACGUAUACACUGGAAUUGUUCCCUACAAGCGUGCGCGGUACAUUAAUUGGUAUUGGCAACACUGCAGCGAGGCUCGGAAGUAUGUUAGCACCACUUACACCGCUAUUGUCCACGAAAUUGAGAGCUCUACCAGCAAUAUUGUUCGCAUCAUCGGCUGUGGUAGCUGCACUACUCCUAACAUUCACACCGGAGACUAAAACUUUACCAAUGUUCGACACAAUAGCGCAAGUCGAGAAUCAUAAAGCUGAAAUAGUGACUCAUUUGUAAAUAUUGUUAUGUUAAAGCACAGACUAGUAAAAAAAGAACGACUCCGCGCCAUGAUAUUAGCAAGUGAAGCACCUUUAUGCUAGUGUGUGUGCGGUAACGGAGUAUACCAGAUACACAAUUUUAUCUCCCUUAAAUAAUCAUACAUCCACAAAUACUUUUAUAGUAUUGUUUUUAAUUUUUUUCACAACGCACGACGGCAUUUUUAAGAUAUUUUAUUGCUAUGCAAACUGACCUGUCACAGACGAUGGCAAAUCUCAUAAUGGCGGCCGAUCGGCUUGUAUUAGUGUAAGUGUAUGCGUGGGGCUAUGUAUUUACAAGUUUACCCGCUUGUUUUGGUGACUCACUGUUAUGUAAAGUGACACGGAGUCCUUCUUAUUUUACUCGUCCGUGUGAUAAUAAUAUUAUAUUUUUAUAAGUAAGGAAGUUUUGAAUCUCAUUUGAAAGAAAUGUACGUCAACAUAAAUAAAAUAUACUUAAACUAGA